AUGGCUGGAAAGAAAUCUUCUCCUGCCAAGUUGGCUCAGGAUAAGAAGGCCAAGAGCGCACCAUCUAUUCCUCCCCAGCUGAUCGCCUCGAUUGAAGCUUUUCUUAUCGAAUCUGGCUUCACCAGUACCAGCAAGGCCUUUUCGAAAGAACAAGUCAGCAAAUCCGUUAGCAAGUCGCCGUCCGACACCAAGAAUGUGCCACAUUUGAUCGAAAUUUUCGAGAAGUGGGCAGGUACCGGAAAGGCUACCAAGGAAUCUUCCGAUUCCAGCUCAUCAGAGACCUCCAGCAGUUCCAGCAGCAGCGAAGAAAGUUCCAGCAGUUCGGAUGAGUCGAGCGAUUCUGAUGUUGAGAUGAACGAUGCGCAGAAAGCGCAGUCGAAGAAACAAUCUAGGCGCUCCUCUUCCUCCUCGUCCUCGUCCUCUUCCUCUUCCUCUUCCUCUUCUUCCUCUUCCUCUUCAUCUUCCUCUUCCUCUUCUGCCUCCGAUAGCGAUGCUGAUGAUGAGAGCGAGGAGGAGGCGGCAGCCCCUGCUCCUGCCAAGCCUCAGGGUACUAAGCGGAAGGCCGAGUCUGAUUCCUCUUCUUCUGAGUCCGAAUCCGAGUCAGACAAAGCCCCUCAGAAUAAGAAGACAAAGGUCGCUGCUAAGGAAGACAGCUCGCCCUCAGACUCUUCAUCAUCGUCCUCAGCCAGUGACAGCAGCAGCAGCGACUCGUCAUCCGAUUCUGACUCCGACUCUGAUUCUUCCUCUUCCUCCGACUCGGACAAGGAAGACGGAAAGGGCAACAAGGCUUCUUCAUCCUCUCAGAGUUCCUCCGGCAGUGAAACAGUUCAAAACUCCGACUCGGGUGCUCAGAAAUCUACUAACAUUUCGACACCGGUGACCGGUUCGUUUAGUGCUAGCCCGGCCCCCGGAUAUGGGAAAAAGCACACUGGCGCCCGCCCUACUCCUCUGGCUCUUCUCAGUGAACAGCCUACCGACCACCUGCUUUCAAACGACUACGUCCCCUAUGCCUAUGCUGACAGAGCCUUCAAGGAUCUCUCGGUAACUCGUGGCAAGGGCUUCACGAAAGAGAAGAACAAGAAGAAGCGUGGUUCUUACCGUGGUGGUCCCAUCGAUAUCUCCGGAGGCAAGUCGUUCAAGUUCGAGGAUUAA